GACAGGCAGUUCGUUCCAAUUUCCACCUUGUCUCCAUGAAUUCAAUAGUUUAAUAGCAGCUCGUUCAGCAUACGGCCGUAAUCACUGAAUUUGAAAAAAGUCUAUCUUUCUCAUUGAGCCGCGACAAAUAAAAAUACACGCAGCAAACUUUCCCCGGCUCGCAGUGAGCGGAGAUGAAUUACGAAUUCGAGCGAGAGAGCGGUUUUAUCAAUAGUCAGCCGUCGCUUGCUGAGUGCCUGACAUCUUUCCCCCCUGUCGGUGAUUCAUUUCAAAGUUCAUCAAUCAAGAGAUCGACGCUUUCACGCUCGACACUGAUUCCUCCUCCUUUUGAGCAGACCAUUCUCAGCCUCAACCCGGGAAGCCACCCGAGGCACAGCCGGCCCAGACUCAGCCCGGAUGGCUGCAUCCCGCUGCCCACCGCAUCCCUACCCCCGGAAUACCCCUGGAUGCGGGAGAAGAAAGCCACCAAGAAGAAUCACCUGCCGACUUCCACGGCGACAGCCAUAACGAGCGGACCUGUAUGCUUCUCCCCGGAAGACUCCCCUGAGAUUCUAGAAGGUGGAGGAGGAGGGGGAGGGAGCUCCCGGCGGCUGAGGACUGCGUACACCAACACACAGCUCCUGGAGCUGGAGAAGGAGUUCCACUUCAACAAGUAUCUGUGCCGACCGAGAAGGGUGGAGAUAGCCGCCCUGCUGGACCUCACCGAGCGGCAGGUCAAAGUGUGGUUCCAGAACCGCCGGAUGAAGCACAAGAGGCAGACCCAGUGCAAGGAGAACCACAAUGGCGAAGGGAAAGGACCGAGCGCCGGGGACGGAAUCCAGAGCAACGACGAGGAGGAUGAUGGCUCGCUGUUUGAGCAGAGCCUCAAUACAGUGACCGGGGCCCUUAUGGAAAGAGAGGCCUGCUCCUUUCAGCAUAACUCGCUGAGUUCUUCCCAGCAGCUCCAGAAUGUUGGUCCGCACAAUGGCGAGGCCCAGAGUUAUACAGUUUCGCCACUGAGCAGCAAUGACAAAAAUCUGAAACAUUUUCUCAACCCGUCACCCACUGUUCCAGGCUGCGUGUCAACAAUAGGCUCCGGGUCGGCAACUGGCCCGGACAAUGGCGGUAGUCCCCCAGCCCUGGAUGUCUCAAUACACGACUUCCAAGUAUUCCCCUCGGAUUCUUGCCUUCACCUCUCCGAUGCCGCUUCGCCCAGUUUGUCAGAAUCCCUGGACAGCCCCGUGGACAAUCUGGACAUAUCUACGGACAGCUUCUACUUUUUCUCGGAGUCACUAACUACAAUCGACUUGCAACAUCUGAGCUAUUGAAAUCAAUCAAAAAUAGAACAAAACUUUCAAACCGGAACAUUUAAUGAA